UAUAAAUUUAGCCUAUACAAUUGUGAUACAAUUCCUAACCUUAAAUAAAAGAUUUUUAAUCCGUGCAAAGGUUUAAAUAAACAAAUACAAUGGCAAGCAGUCGUUUGGAGAAGAUUGGAACGAUUUACACAAGAACAAGGGGGCUGCUGCAAUCAGGUGCAAUGUCUUGGAACGAUAGACCUCUCUGGUAUGACAUAUACGAAGCUUUCCCCCCGAAAGAGGAGCCCCGUUACGAUCGACCAGCCCCAAACAUGCAAGUCAAAGAGAUUUUGUAUGAAGAAGACAUAAUCCGGGCGAAGGUUCACAGUCAUUUCAAGAGUGUUGGCACAGUGAACCUGAGGAACAACCAGACCCAAACCUUAACCCAGAAAUUCAUAGAUUGCUACAACAAAUUGGGAGCUCAGUAUGGAAAUGAGGCUGAUUCACAAAUUCUGUUCGAUGAGACUUUGGACAUUCUGAAGAAGGAAAGGGAAUUGAAAGCAAUUGAAGCUUCGGAGGAUUCAAGCGCUGGCGUUAAUAUUACUACCAAUUUCACUGAAGCUAAGAAACAGCAGGCUGUUAAUAUUAAUGUUAAAGAUAUAUUUAAAGAUUGAUUUGUGGUGAUCAGUGAAUGUAGUUGUAUGUAAA